AUGGUGAAAACCAAAUUAGAAACUAAUAAUGAUGGGAAGGAAGUAAAGAAAUCACGUCCUUCUUCACAGAUUCUAGGGAUCAGUAGAAGUAUUUCAGCUUGUCAACGAUGUAGGGUUAAAAAAGUUAGAUGUGAUCAAAAUUUCCCUAAAUGUUUGAAAUGUGAAAAAGCUGGUGUUGAGUGUAUUGGUUUGGAUCCUGCAACCGGUAGAGAAGUACCUAGGAGUUAUGUCAUACAUUUAGAAGAUCGAAUAGCUGUAUUGGAAGGCAAAUUGAAAGAAAAUGGUAUUGAUCCUGAUACUGUCAGAGAAACAACCAAUUCAUUACCACUCACUUCAUCAACUUCAAUGGAAAGCUCAACUUCAAUGUCUUUAAAUACUCCUAUCAAUGGGAAUUCCUUGAGUGGGAUCAGUGAAGCUGAUAAUGAAGGUGAUAGUGAAAAAGAACAAACCGAGCUUCUUAAUGAAGUUAAAUUUAAUUCAAUUAAUAGUAAAAACAAUAGAUCGAUUUCUACAGGUCAAUCCAUAUCAUUUGGGAAAUUGAUGUCAACAGCUGUAAAGUUUCAAAGUAAGAAAUCCAAUAUGACAACUCCGGAAAUCGGUGCAACUCCAAAUCAUAUCAAAGAAGAUAUUCCAUUAGCUUUAUUACCACCUAAAAAGACCGCUCAGCAAUUCUUAAGAAUAUUUUUUGCCCAAACCAAUGCCCAAUUACCAAUUUUACAUCGUGAAGAAUUCUUGAAGAAUUGUUUCCUUCCAAUUUACGGGAAAUUAGAUGCUAAUGUAUCCUUAGCUUCCAAUUAUACUGCUAUUAAUCAUUCAAUCUUUCAAAAUGAUGAUUACUACAAUAAUGAACAACUCACAUGGUUUUACCAGUAUAAAGUGAAAUUCAAUGAAUCUUUAACGACAUUGAAAGCUAACAAUCAACCUAUUGAUGCUAUUAAAAUUUCAAAUGGUAUUACACCUCCUAAAAAAUUCCAUAAAGCAUUAUAUUUCCUUAAUAUUAUCUUUGCUAUAGCAUCAUCAGUACAUCAUUUACAAUAUCCUAUGACGAUAUCCGAUUCUUUCAAGUUAUCAGCAAUAAAAUAUGUUGAUCAAGUUUAUGCAUCAUCUGAUCAAUUAGAGAGUUUACAAGGGAUUUUAUUAUUAGCGUUAUAUUCUAUUAUGAGACCGGCAGUACCUGGAUGUUGGUACGUGGUAGGUUCAGCUCUUAGAUUAUGUAUUGAUCUUGGGUUACACAAUGAACUGAUAAAUGAAAGAUCAAGUUUUGAUUCAUUUACUAUUGAUAAAAGAAGAAGGUUGUUUUGGUGUACUUAUUCAUUAGAUAGACAAAUAUGUUUUUAUUUGUCAAGACCAGUAGGUAUCCCCGAUGAAAGUAUUACUACACCAUUUCCAAGUGAGUUGGACGAUGCUUUAAUCAUCCCCAAUGAUAAUAAUCAAGAUUAUAGUAAGAACAAUAGUGGGAUGUCAUCAUAUAAAUCCAUAUCUAUACUGUUUUUCAAAAUGAGAAAAAUUCAAAGUGAAGUACAAAAACAUUUAUUUGAAAGUUAUGAAUUACCAAGAAGAUUCACUAAUCUUCAAGAUUGGAAAAAUGCCAUAAGUAAGCAUCUUAAAAGUUGGAAGAAUUCUGGACCAAAGACCAAAAGAAAAAUGAAUUGUGAUUUCAACCUCGAUUUUUUCCAUUUGAAUUAUCAUCAUACCGUGUUGGUAUUACAUGGAUUAUCACCAAAGAAUUAUAAAUUAAGCAUUGAAGAUUUCUUCCAAGUAUCGGAAUCAUCAAAAGAAUUGAUUAAUAUUUAUACUUCUUUACUAUCGAGUAAAUCUAUUAAUUAUACUUGGGCAGCUAUUUUAAAUUUAUUCAUGGCAGGGACAUCUUAUUUAUAUACCAUUUAUAAUAGCGAACAAGUAAGACAAGUUAAUGGGUUAUUUGAAGUAAAGAAAAUAACUCAAGAAUGUAUUAAUGUUAUGAAUUCUUUAAUAGAUAGAUGUGAUGCGGCUGCAAAUUGUAAGAAUACUUUUGAAACGUUAAGUGCAGCCGUUGUAAAAUUAAAAUAUAAUGAAACUGUUCAAGGUAAUAUAAGAAUGCCAUCUUCGAAUCAAAUAAAUAAAUUACCACCAGGGCAAUUAAGUAAUUUACAUCAUUUAGUAGACAAUUUAAACGAUAAUAUUAAAAAUGGUGAACAAUCAGCCAUAAAUCCUGAUAGAUUAGAUGAUUCUGAAAGGAUUUCCAUCAAAAUUGAAAAAGAUUUGAAUCCUUUCUCAGCUCCUUCAGGAAGUUUGGAUAAUUUAGAUAUGGAUAAAUUAGAUCCUGCAACAUUUGAAUGGACUAACAAAAAUGAUGAAUUUUAUCAAGGUGAAUUAGAUCAUUUCUUUAACGAAUUGGAGAAAUCUCCAUCAAAUCAAUCCCGAAGAAAUUCCUUCUCAGAAACUGAUUUUAUCAAUUAUGAACAAAAUGUAUGGAUAAAUUCAGGUAUCAUAAAUACUCCAUAUUCAUAUGAUUCUAAUGAUUCAACCACUUCAAGUCCAGUGAUAAAUAUGAACAUGAAUAUGAAUAUGAAAGAACGAUCAGAACCUUCCAAAGAUGGAAGAAAAGUAUAUGAAUUGAUCCACCAAGUGCCAGUAGAUUCAAUUUGGGAUCAAUUCUUUACUACUCAUUCAAAUUUCGAAACUUAA